AAAGGAAAAAUAAAUAACUUAGUACGAAUUUCAACGCCCUUAUACGAUACCUUACUCUUCUUCUCCUUCUUCUUCAGGCAGCCACACGAAUAAAUUCGGAAGACAUUUCGUCAUUGCUCAAGUCCCAGCAGCAAUGCAGCAGAAAAUAACAAUACAGAAUAAGCGUGGUGAAAAACUUGUUGGUAUAUUGCACGAGACGGGUUCGGCGAACCUUGUAGUUCUGUGCCAUGGAUUUCGGUCCUCAAAGGAUGACAACAUCAUGCUCAACCUUGCUGUUGCUUUAGAAACUGAGGGAAUCUCUGUGUUCCGCUUUGAUUUCUCCGGAAAUGGGGAAAGUGAAGGCUCAUUUCAGUUUGGUAACUACAUUAGUGAGACUGAAGAUUUGAGAUCUGUGGUUGAAUAUUUAAGAGGAAUAAACCGCUGGACAGUUGCGGUUCUUGGGCACAGUAAAGGUGGGGAUGUUGUUCUCCUGUAUGCAUCUAGAUAUCAUGAUACACAUGCCGUGAUAAAUGUCUCUGGUCGUUAUGAUCUCAAAAGAGGGAGAAGGAGGUUAUCAAGUUACUGAGGAAAGUAUGAUGGAGCGACUCAAUACAAACAUGCAUGACGCAUGCCUUUCAAUUGAUAAGAGAUGCAGGGUAUUGACAGUACACGGAACGGCCGAUGAAGUUAUUCCAGUAGAAGAUGCACGGGAGUUUGCCAAGAUCAUACCAAACCACAAAUUGCAACUUGUAGAAGGAGCUAAUCAUGGAUAUUCUUCACAUCAAGAUGAAUUAGCCUCAGCCAUUUUGCCAUUCGUAAAGGAAUGCAUGCAACACGGUGAAGAUGUCUCCAUUUAGGAAUAAUUUGCUCAACCAUAAACCAGCUGAUUGAAAAGUUGUAUCUGAGUGUGAUCAAAUACUGGUAUGUUAAUAAAUUCACCACCAAUAAAUCUGUGUCUUAUUUUCACAACUACUCAGAAGUAUUCUCUGCAAAUUAGACAUUAUUUUUUGGGAUGAAGUUGUUUCCAAAUUGGACGAACAAUGGUCUUCUUCCAUUCAUCAUUUAUGCCAUUUUAUGAUCACUGCUUAGCUGAUAAGGCUAUGCUGCAAGAUUCAGAGGAUUACUACAAGAAUGUCUUUACUAGUCAUUGUAUUCUCACCAAGUCUCUUGUCUGUUAUAAGUUUGUCCCUUGAAAAAAAGAUCUUUGCUUCAAAGGC